AUAACAGAGAGAGGGGGAAACAAAAGGAGGAGAGCAAAACCAAGCCUUGAAAAAAAAAAAAAUCAGGAGAACUAUCUUAAAUCAUACUGCAUUGCAGUGAUUUUUUUUCUUCCUUUUUUAUUUUAUUUUUGCAAAUUCAUGCAGUCCAACUAGCUGUAGAUAUGGCCGGUUGUCUGCAAAGAGGAAGGCUAACUACAGCAGAAGCACCUCUAAAGUGCCUGUUAAUAUUGAUUUCUUUAGGAUGUUGUCUUUCUAAAGUGGAUGCAGAUCCUUUCGACGCCGCUUUCCGACACAGUCAUCGACAUGGACCUACCUCCGAAACAAUCUUGGUAGCCAACAAUGGGAUAAGAGUUCCCUUUGGACGCUCGGUAUAUCUGGACCCUAUUAAUGACCUUGUGACUGAAGUGCAUGCAGGAGAUCGCUGUCACAUUACAGUGCUAGACAAUGACCCACUGGCUCAAAGACCUGGAAUGUUAACACCAAAGAAGUUCCCAUGCUCUUUUGGAGCAGAAGAGGUGAAAUAUACUCAUUUUGGUUCCCGGAGCCCAAGCAAAGACCAUAUUAAACUGCAACUGAGGUAUGACUCUAACACAGACACGGUGGUGGUUCCUUUAAUUCUUGAAGUAGAAGUGGUUUUUCAGCAACUGGAGAUUCUCACUCGUAACAUGCCUCUUAUUGUGGACAAGCUCAAUGGGGUAAGCAACCCAAUUGACAAAAAAACUCUGGAAUUUGCAUUUGAAGAUGGUGUCACUACAUGCAAGGUGACCACACUAGUUGGAGCAGGCAAACUACCCAGGUAUGGUAGUCUAACUGAUAACUCUGUUAAUGGCCAGAUGAUUAACUGUGAUGAUUUUGUUAAGAAGGGAAUUCAGUAUCAGCACACCGCAACCACCAACUCUCCUAACAGAGACUACAUUCCUAUGCUAGUGGAGGUACAAGAUAAUGACGGAAAGACUAUUCAACAAGAACAUUUUCAGAUAAUGGUUAGAAUCAAAGAGGGUACUGAAAAUACACAACCAAAACCUAGCUUUAUAUCUAUGAUGAUGAUGGAGAUUGACCAAUUUGUGAUGACCGCCAUUACUUCAGAUAUGCUGGCAGCUGAGGAUAUCGAAUCAAAAUCUGAUGAAUUAAUUUUUAAUAUAACAUCUCCCCUGGGUUAUCAGCAGGGAUUUAUAAUCAGCACAGAUGAUCAAAACCAGCCAAUCACUUCUUUUCAUCAGAGAGAUAUUAAAGACCUGAAGAUCGCUUAUAAACCUCCCUCUGAGGAUUCAGAUAUAGAAAGAAUUUUCCAGAUUGAAUUUGAAAUUGUUGACACAGAUGGGGCUGUUUCUGAUCCUUUUGCGUUCAUGAUUGUUGUGAAGCCAAUGAAUACUUUAGCUCCGGUGGUAACCAAAAAUACAGGACAGUUGCUAUUUGAGGGUCAGUCGAGACCACUAUCCAGCUCACAGAAUUUAGAGAUCAGCGAUGAAGACAAUCUUGAUGAUGUGAAGAUUACUGUUGUUGAUGGCUUGAAACAUGGAGAGCUAUCAGUGCUAGGCUCUCAAAGAAAGUUUUUCACACCAGCUGAUUUAGAUGCUGGCAUUGUUGUGUACCAGCAUGAUGGAAGUGAUACCUACAGUGAUAACAUUAUAUUCCGAAUGACCGAUGGCAUUAAUGAAGUAGAGUUUUUAUUUCCCAUCACAAUUGCCCCAACCGACGAUGAACCCCCCAUUAUAAAUGCAAACACUGGCAUUGUGCUUUUUAAGAAUGAAGUAAUGCAAAUCUCACCAUUUAUCCUGAGUGCCACUGACAUUGACUCAGAGGAUUCAACCAUUAAAUUCAUAUUAGAAGAGCCAUUUUCAACAAUUGGUGAGCUGCUCAUCAAGCAGGUGGAGCCUCCUCCAGAUCCAUCUGUGUGGAAAUUUAGUGCAACAGAUGAGAUGUUUGAACAGGUGGUGACAGAAUGGUUUCAGCAGGACAUUCUGGAUGGGAAGCUGUUCUAUCGUCACAAAGGACCUCAUAGUACCACUACUGUGACUGACCAGUUUGUCUUCAGAGUUCAGGAUGACAAUGACCCACCAAAUCAAUCAGGAGAGCAUGUAUUCACCAUUAAAAUCCAUCCAGUGGAUGAUGUUCCGCCAGAACUUUACCCUGGCAGCACACUACACAUGACAGUAAAAGAAUAUGAGCUGACAUUUUUUAAGAAGAAAUUUCUACGUUACACAGAUCUGGACUGUGAUGACAGGGAUCUUAAAUAUACCAUUAUCAAACCUCCUACUGAUACAGAUGAAAACCACCCUGUUCCUCUUGGUGCCAUUGUACUGACAGAUAGCCCAGAUAUAAUAAUCAGUGAGUUUACACAAGCUCAGAUCAACCACCAUAAAGUGGCAUACAAACCCCCAGACCAAGAGCUUGGUAUUACUCCAAAAGUGGUCCAGUUUUCAUUCAGUGUGGAGGACACUGCUAGUAAUUCAGUUGAUGGACUUUUUACAAUCUUUUUACAGCCUGUCGACAACAAACCCCCUGCAAUUACCAACACCGGUUUCACUGUUCUUGAGCGGAAUACUUUUAUAAUAACCAAAAAUGAACUUGAUGCCUCUGACCAGGACACUGAGGAUGAGAAUAUAAAAUUUAUAGUGACUCAGAUACCCAGGUUUGGGCAGUUGCAAUAUUUAGGAAUUGACAUGUCUAAUGGAGAAACAUUUGUGUUGGAGGACAUUGAAAACAGCCGAAUGGCCUACAUUCACAGUGGUGAAGAAUCCCUUUACGAUGUAAUUAAGCUGGACAUUAGCGAUGGCUUUCAUGAAGUCCCCAUUGUUGUCAAGAUCAGCAUCAAGCCUGUUGAUGAUGAGACUCCAAAAAUUAUGCUACCAGCUGGUUUGUUAGGUGCAUCAAUAGAUGUGCUUGAGAAUGGUGCAACAGAAAUCACCAGUAAUGUUAUCCAGGGUCAUGACGAAGACACAGAUGACCUCAUGCUGACUUUCAUAGUUGAGGAGCCUCCUAGGCUAGGAGAAAUAAUGGUGAAUGGAGCUCCUGCUGAGCGUUUUACCCAGCAAGACAUAAUCAAUGGUGUGGUUGUCUAUGUUCACACUAGCGGAGAAAUUGGCCCCAUCAAAGAGCAUGACUCCUUUAAUCUCACUAUAUCUGACAUGUCAGAUGAAUGGGUUGUUGGUGGCAACAAAGUUCAAGGGGUCCGUGUCCAUGUCACCAUUCUGCCUGUAGACAGCAUUCCACCUAUUGUUAAUGUUGGCAGCCAGUUUGUAGUAGUUGAGGGUGAAAAAAAUGUUAUCACAUUAGAACACAUUCAAGCUGAGGACACUGACACUGAUGAUGAUGAUAUCUUGUGUACUAUAAUUAUCCAAUCCACAUCCGGCUAUGUGGAGAACAUUUCCCCAGCUCCUGGGUCUGAAAAAUCCAGAGCAGGCACUGCCAUCACUGCAUUCACCAUUAGUGAUGUUGGUCUAGGCCAUAUUUAUUAUGUCCAAAGCAUUCACAAAGGUGUGGAGCCAGUGGAGGAUAGAUUCACUUUUCGUUGCUCUGAUGGCAUUAACUUUUCAGAAAGGCACUUUUUCCCCAUCGUCAUCAUCCCAGCAAAUGACGAAAAGCCAGAGAUUUUCAUUCGAGAGUUUGUUGUCAUGGAAGGAAUGAGCUUGGUUAUUGACACUCCUAUUUUGAAUGCUGCUGAUGCAGACAUCCCAAGUGAUGAAUUAGUUUUUGAAAUUCUUAAAAACCCAAAACAUGGAAACAUAGUUCAGCAAUUGAGCACUGGGACAGUUCCAGUGGUGAAAUUUACCUUAGAGCAAAUCAAGGAGGCUUCCAAUAUUGUUUAUGAGCAUGAUGACUCUGAAACCAAGGAAGACAGUUUUGAAAUUCAACUCACUGAUGGAAAGCACACUGUUAAGGAGAAAGUCAUCAUAAUUGUCAUUCCUGUUGAUGAUGAAACUCCAAGGAUGGCCAUUAACGAUGGCCUAGAGGUAGAAAUUGGAGAAACUAAAGUAAUCAGCAACAGAGUCCUAAAGGCCACAGAUCUGGAUUCAGAGGACAAAGAACUUACUUACAUUGUCCGCUAUGGCCCUGGUCAAGGCUACCUUCAGAGAAUUACCAAACAUGGAGUUGUCAUUGGCAAUGUUAGUAUUGGAAUGAAUUUUACUCAAGAUGAACUUGACAAACAGUUGAUUCAGUAUGUUCACACAGGCCAGGAGGGUGUGCGUGAUCUGCUUAAGUUUGAUGUUACUGAUGGAAUCAAUCCCCUUAUUGAUCGCUAUUUCUACAUUAAUAUUGGUAGCAUGGACAUGGUUUUUCCUGAUGUUAUUAACAAGGGUGUGACUCUCAAAGAGGGAGGUAAGGUCACCUUGACCACAGACCUUCUCAGCACAUCUGACAUCAACAGUCCAGAUGAAUAUCUUAGUUUUAGUAUUACUCGUGCUCCUAGCAGAGGCCAUCUUGAAAGUACAGAUCUCCCGGGGGUUCCCAUCUCCACCUUUACUCAGCUACAGCUAGCUGGCAACAAAAUCUACUACAUCCAUACAUCUGAUGAUGAAGUGAAGAUGGACAGCUUUGAGUUUGAGGUGACAGAUGGUUAUAACCCAGUCUUCCGCACUUUCCGUGUAUCUAUUACAGAUGUAGACAACAAGAAGCCAGUUUUGACAAUCAACAAGCUAGUUCUGGGGGAGGGAGAAGCUAAGCUUAUCACACCCUUUGAACUGACAGUGGAGGACCGUGACACACCAGACAACCUGCUUCGAUUUAUAGUGACACAAGUGCCGGUUCAUGGUCAGAUUCUGUUCAAUGGAACACAAGUCAUAACGUCAUUUACCAAGCAAGAUCUAAAUGAAAACCUUAUUACUUAUAGACAUGAUGGUACAGAGACAAACGAAGACAGUUUCUCCUUCACAGUUACUGAUGGGACUCACAAUGAAUUUUAUGUUUUCCCUGAUACUGUAUAUGAAACCCGUAAGCCUCAGAUGAUGACCAUUUAUAUCAACACAGUGGACAAUGGGGUGCCUCAAAUUCUCGUAAACAAAGCAGCGCCCACACUUCGGGUUCUUCAUACUGGUCAUCUUGGAUUUCUGAUUACCAGCAAAGCCCUAAAAUCUGAAGACAGAGACAGCCCCAACAAAGUGCUUAAAUAUGUUGUGACUGAGAGCCCUCUUCAUGGAUUUAUCAUGAAUUCUGCGUUGGGAAAUGAUAGCAUCAAGUCCUUCUCACAGGCUGAUAUUGAUGAUAUGAAGAUUUGCUAUGUCCUUCUCGAUGGGUCCAAUGCCACAAGUGACAUAUUCUACUUCACAGUGGAAGACAAUGGGGGCAACAAGCUGAAGCCACAACCAUUCCGUCUGAAUUGGGCCUGGAUAUCCAUGGAAAGGGAAUACUAUAUUGUGGACGAGAAUGCAAAGUUUUUGGAGGUCACUCUCAAACGGCGAGGAUACUUGGGAGAGACAUCAUUUAUCAGCAUUGGCACUAAAGACGGCACAGCAAAACAAGACAAAGAUUUCCGUGGCAAAGCUCAGAAACAGGUCCAGUUUAACCCUGGACAGACCUUUGCAACCUGGAAGGUGAAGAUUUUCACAGACAAAGAGUUUGAAACUUCAGAGGUUUUCGAAAUCCAGCUCUCAGAGCCAGUAAUGGCUGCUCUUGAAUACCCUGAUAAAGCCACUGUGGAGAUUGUGGAUCCUGGUGAUGAGUCCACAGUGUUCUUCCCUCAAUCAGAAUAUCAAAUAGAAGAGGACAUAGGAGAACUACUAGUCCCAGUCCACAGAUCAGGAGAUGUCAGCCAAGAACUGAUGGUUAUUUGUUAUACACAACAAGGCAGUGCAACAGGAACCACCCCCAGCACAGUGCUCUCUUAUUCAGACUACAUCACAAGGCCCGAGGACCACACCAGUGUUUUGCGCUUUGAAGAGGAUGAGCGGGAAAAGUCAUGUCGCAUUAUAAUCAUUGACGACUCUCUUUAUGAGAAAGAAGAGAGCUUUAACGUGUCCCUCAGUAUGCCUAUGGGUGGCCAAGUGGGAGCCAAGUUCCCCAGCACCAAAGUGCUCAUCUUGGCUGAUAAUGAUGAUGAGCCAUCAUUCUAUUUUGGAGAAACUGAAUACACAGUGGACGAGAGUUAUGGCUAUGUGGAGGUGAAAGUAUGGAGAACUGGAACUGACCUUUCAAAAACAGCCACCAUCACGGUUCGCUCCAGGAAGAGUGAUCCUGUUUCAGCAGAAGCGGGUCUAGAUUAUGUGGGAAUCAGCCGUAACUUGGACUUUGCUCCAGGUGUGACCAUGCAGACCUUCCGUGUGACUAUUCUUGAUGAUCUGGGUCAACCUGAGCUGGAGGGACCGGAGACGUUUGAGCUGGUGCUCCGUAUGCCAAUGAACGCAGUCAUUGGAGAACCUAGCAAAACGGUCAUCACUAUAAAUGACACUGUCACAGACUUGCCUAAAGUCCAAUUUAAGGAAGCAGAGUACAAGGUGGAUGAGGCUGAGGGAGAGGUGAAGGUGAUGGUGUAUCGUAGUGGUGACAUCAGUCAGAGGUCCACAGUCCGCUGUUUUACCCGUCAAGGAUCUGCCCAAGUCAUGAUGGACUACAAUGAGAGACCCAAUACUGAUGCAUCCACCAUAGUAUUCCUACCAGGGGAGAUUGAGAAGCCUUGCACAGUGACUUUAGUAGAUGACUCAAUUCAUGAAGAUGAUGAGGAGUUCCGCUUGGUUUUGGGCACACCUAAGAGCACAUCACCAUACGGAGCUUCAAUAGGGGAACAAAAGACUCUGGUCACCAUAACUGACCAUAAAGAUAAGUCCAUCAUCAGGUUUUCAGACAUCAAAUACAGCGUAAGAGAGCCACAACUUCCUGGAGAGAUCGCUGUAGUGAAGAUUCCUGUCCUGCGUCUGGGCGAUACCUCUAAGGUCUCUGUGGUGAGAAUUCACACCAAGGAUGGCUCUGCAACAUCAGGAGAGGACUACAAUCCCCUUUCUCAAGAUGUUGAGUUUAAAGAGGGUGAGACAGAGCAUGUGGUGGAGAUCCAGGUUAUGUAUGAUGGACAAAGAGAGAUCCGUGAGGCUUUCACAGUUCACAUGAAGCCUGACGAGUUUAUGGUGGCUGAGACACAGAUGAAUAAGGCUAUUGUGUACAUCGAAGAGAUGAACAGUGUGGCGGAUGUCACCUUCCCAGCAGUGCCUCAGGUGGUGUCGCUACUGCUGUAUGAUGAUACGAUUCGGGUUAAAGACAAUCCCCACCCUCCAAAUGGCUAUGCUGUAGUGUGUGUCACGGCCUGCAAUCCCAAAUACUUUGACUUUGACAAGACUGGCUCUAUUUGCUCAGUAGAGAACAUCAAUGACACAAUGACUCAGUACCGCUGGAUGGUUAGUGCCCCUAGUGGGCCGGAUGGAGUCACCAGCCCCAUGCGGGAAGUGGACACCAACACCUUCUUCACGAACACCAAAUCCAUCACCUUGGACUCCAUCUACUUUCAGGCUGGCUCUCGUGUACAGUGUGCUGCCCGAGCCUUCAAUGCCAAUGGAGAUGCCGGGUUGGAGCUCAGCUCACCCAUUGUGGUCAUCAGCAGACAGGAGGGACUGUGUCAGCCUCGUGUAGCUGGCACCGUGGGUGCUGAACCGUUUUCAGCAAAAAUCCGUUACACUGGCCCAGAUGACCCAGACUACCCUAAUCUGAUCAAACUCACGGUCACUAUGCCCCACAUGGAUGGUAUGCUGCCUGUUAUCUCCACACGUCCCCUUUCAAACUUUGAGCUCACCCUUAGUCCAGAUGGCACACGAGUUGGAAACCACCGUUGUUCCAACCUCUUGGACUUUAACGAGAUCCAAACAGCACAUGGCUUCAUCACUGAUGCCACAAAGAACCCAGAAAUCAUUGGAGAGACUUCUCCAUACCAGUACAGCGUGGCCAUGCGCAGUGCCAAUUCCCUUCGUUUCUACCGCAACCUUAACCUGGAGGCAUGUCUGUGGGAGUUCAGCAGCUACUAUGAUAUGUCAGAGCUGCUGAACGUCUGUGGAGGAUCCAUUGGAACAGAUGGACAGGUGCUGAAUCUCGUUCAGUCCUAUGUAACCCUGCGGGUGCCUCUGUUUGUAUCCUAUGUCUUCCACUCUCCUGUUGCAGUUGGAGGUUGGCAACAUUUCGACUUACGGUCUGAGCUUCGCCUCACCUUUGUGUAUGACACUGCCAUCUUAUGGCAAGAUGGGAUUGGAAGCCCACCAGAGGCUGAGCUGCAAGGUGCCAUGUAUCCUACUAGCAUGAGAAUAAAUGAUGAUGGCCGUCUUGUUGUCAACUUUAAGACUGAGGCUCGAUUCAGAGGACAGUUCGUCAUGUCUCACCCAGGAACCACUCUGUCCUCCAUGGUAAUGUCAGCCGAUCAUGCUGGACUCACAUUCACUCUGUCCUUGGUCAGAACUGAGCCCACUUACAACCAGCCCAUGCAACAAUGGAGCUUCGUUUCUGACUUUGCUGUGAGGGACUAUUCCGGCACCUAUACCGUGAAGCUGAUUCCAUGUAUUGCCUCACCUAAUGGGGAGUUCAGCAUACCACCUGUGUGUCACCCAAGAGAACCCCUCACCUUCGACAUGGACAUCCGAUUCCAGCAGGUGAGUGACCCUGUGGCAGCAGAGUUUAGCUUGAACACACAGAUGUUCCUGCUGUCGAAGAAAGAGAUGUGGCUGUCUGAUGGCUCACUGGAUUUUGGAGAGGGCACAGACACUGCCUUCAUGGAAGGUUCUAACAUCUAUGGGCGCGUGAUGGUGGACCCGGUGCAGAACCUGGGAGAAUCUUUCUCCUGCAGCAUAGAGAAAGUUUUCCUCUGUACCGGGACAGAUGGCUAUGUGCCAAAGUACAACCCUACCAAUAAAGAGUAUGGAUGCCUGGCUGACGCACCAUCCCUCCUUUAUAGGCUCAAGAUCCUGGAUAAAGCUCAGCCAGAAACUCAAGCCACCGCCUUUGGAAACGUCCGGUUUGAUGCCAGUCUGGCUUUGGAUACUCCUGGAGCCCUACCUUUGAUCCGACAACCUGGAUCAGAUGGUUUCACACUGUCAUCAUCUCCACUCUUUCAGGUCGCUGCUGGUCGUGAAUGGUUCAUCCACACCAUCUACACACUCCGCUCUAGAGAGAACGCCAACCGCGGUAAAAGAAGCCUGGCGUACCAACACACUAUAUCCUCCGCCAUAGUGGAUCCUUCCACCAAAUCCCGUAGUCGACGAGCAGUACCUGACCCAGAAGUUUACGAAAUUGGUGCUGAGAAUAGCAGAGGCACCAACAUUCAGCACAUUGCCCUGGACCGUUCAAACCGACUCCAGGUGAGCCAGCCAUGGGGCCGCGAGACGUACCUGGAGCACCCUCUGGUGGAGGGCAGCCUGGGUAAAGGGCCUGGUUCAGAAUCAACACUUCCUGCUGGCAUGUCCAGAUUGCUGGGGGUGGCUGGGCUCAUCCUGCUGGUGUGCCUGGUUGUAGUCGUGGUGGUUCUCUUGAUGAGGCGAAAGCAAAAGGAGAAAAAGUACCCAUCUUAUACCACUUCAUCCUGCACAGCGUACAACAGGGAGCCUACAAGAAACAACUUGGACAGCUCUGAGGUUUAAAGCAUCUCUGUUCAUCAAGACAUGCCAAAACGAACUCUCACCAUGGUGCUUGCAUCCCACGAAACCACUCAUGUUGAGCAAACCACAAAAGUCUGAGAUUUAAAGCCUCAGUUCUAAUGACAAAUUUGAGGGUUUCACAGCUCUAAUGAAGACAUCUUGACUCUUCGUAACUUGGUCAAACAAAAAUGUUGGUUGUUGCCUUUCGCCUAAGAUGAGGUUUGUGCUUUAUAGUCAUUUUAUUUUAAAAAAUGCUUCCAUUGGGAGAUCUGUGAGCCAGAAUUGCCAAAAAUAAAACUGCUUACACUAGGGGUGCAACGGUUCAGUCUACUCACGGUUCGGUAUGCAUCACGGUUUUAGGGUCACGAUUUCCGUACUGUACAGUAUGUGCUAUGUUUAGAAAAAAAAUAGCUACCGAAAAAUUCAAAGAACAAUAUACAUAUUUAUUGGAUAACAAACACCUGACAAUACAACAGGCUUCACACAUAUGACUGUAGAUUUGCUUGUUCUCUCAUUAAUGAAAUAAAAGUAUGGUAUUUUGAAAAUUGUAUGUUUAAAUAAGAUGCUAAAAAAAAGCUUAAAAAAUUUCUAUUUAACAUCUCAACUCCGUCUCAACCAAUAAUGCAGAUAAUAACUGUCAACACAUCUUAAACACAUCUUAAUAAUUGAGUACUUUUAGAGUAUUGAUUACUCCCGUUUACAUUAUGCUUGCAUUACCAAGGCAACAACGCAUUUUUAUUAACAAUCACUUAUCCAUUAAUUGAUUUGUGCUGUAUCCCCUUCACUUGCCAUACUGAAACGCACAAAAACUCCACACACAGCGACACGUGAGGAAACGUGAUGUCAACAACAGAUUUAAAUACUAAGAGGUGAUUGAACAGGUCCUCGCACGUGCAGUGCAUGUGAAAGAUAAUCGAAAGCGUACAAAAGUGGACCUUUUUUUACUUUGCAGUGGUAUUUAUCCCCUAAACCAAUAUCAAUAAUUGAUAUUUUGAACCGCGGAUCACAGGGCACACCGAACCAUGGGAGGACAACAGGAUGAUAGGAUUUUUUUUUCCGAGAACCGUUGCAUUCCCAGCUUACACCGUGUCUUAACUAUACAUGAUGGGACAAGAUUCCAACAUUAAGUAAUUUGAGUGUUGGCACCCGACUCAACAUGACAGAUUAAAUUUAAUUCAGAUUAAAUAGCAUUCAGCGCAGAAUAGAGAACUAUGCUCACAAAUAAAUGGUAAGGAUUAUAAAUAAUCUAGUUAAAAUAUAUGAAACCUCUUUAACAUUAUUAAAAGUACAUGAUUACUGAAAUUUGUUGGUUUGCACGGUCUAAUUUUUAUUUACAAACUGUACAAUAUCAAGUAAAAUGGUGGCUAUUAAAACGGAACAAAGCACAUAAUCAGUACCUGAGGUGAUCAUUAUCAGUAGUUAAUACUGCUGUUCGGCCUUGACGUUGCAGAUAUAGAAACCUUUUCUAAAAUAGAAAUUUUGCGCGUUGCAGAUGGUUAGGACAGAAACUACUUUACUAACAUUGUGUUAAGCAUAGUUACGACACAAUCUUAGACAAACAGAGUGAAUCUGUGCUUAAGCUUCAAACUUACAGUAAACUUCUUGGCAAAUGCAACAAGCAUUGCUUGAUUAUACAAAAAUAAACCCAUAUUUGAAGUAAAAUCUGUGUUUAACUGAAUAAAAAGUUACUUUUGAAUUGGAAGGCAUAUCAUUAGGUGUUAUUAGCCUUUUUUUCAACUUGUCCAGUUAAUCAAAGCUAAUUCUAUUUUCAGUCAUUAUGUAACAGUUCUUCUUCUGAGCGUGUGUGUGUGUGUGAACUUUAAGCAAAUUGAAAGAUGCAAGAACUGGAUUCUUUGAUCAUUUAUGUAAUAAAUGAAUCUAUUUUUAUAAGUUCCAUGAGAUGAACUGCUGCAUGCAAGAGCACAGGUCAGCGUUCCCACUUGAUCAAUAUGUUGCUAUGCAAAAGGGAGCAUGACGUUUAAUAUACAGUACGUAACUAUUCAGAUUGUACUUAUUUUUGUAUCUUUUCAGGAUGUUAAGAUGUGGCUCAGAAUCACAUUCAUUUGGUGUGUACAUAUCUGCUUAUUUGCAUGAAAAAAUAGAGAAUAAGUUUCAACAAAUUGAUAGAAUACACCCUGAUAAAACUUGAACCACACGUACAUAUGUUUUUCAUGUAAAAAAUUAACACGUCUAAUUAGGGAUGCUCUGAUCAGGAUUUUUGAAGCCGAUAUAAAGUAUAAUUUCCUUGUCGUGGUGAUCGGUCGAUGCAGAGUACCGAUUCUGAUGCUUCAAGCUUUAUAAUGCAUAAAGCAAAUUUUCCCUCCAAGUAUGAUACUUAAGUGGAGAUCUCACCUUACCUAAGAGAAGAAAUUAAGGAUGCUGCAAAUAAUUUCUUAAACACGUCUCUAGUAAUAGUUUAGGUGUGAACAGGUCAUGGCCAGAAGCAGCUUUACAGAAAAAAAUAGAUAAAACAGAUUUAAAAAAUAAUAAUUCAAUUACAAACAAUGCAAUUUGGAAACACUGCAAAUAAUGAAGAAUUCAACAUCUCUUAAUCAAACAAAAAAAAAAAAAGUUUAGAGUCCAUAUUUGAUGCAUAAGAAGUUAAAAUGCACACCUUUAAACUCAUUACUUCUUUACUAAGAGAAAAUAGGACUCUAACUACUGUUUAUUGCAAUAAGUAUAUUACAAGAAGUUAUAUUAUUAAAUAUUCAUGUUAAAAUAUAUUCUUAAAGUUUUAUUUAUCUAAUAUUUCCAGCCAGCUUGUAGAGAGCUUGCAAUAUUGUCAAAAACGCAGAAGUUCUUUUAGUUCUUAUAUGUAAAAAGGGCUAAACACGUGCAAGGUCAUUCAAAUGUUUUGUUCAUCUCCAACUAACACAAACACUUGCGAUAGGUUCCUGAGAUUGGCCAGAUCAGUGAGUACUGAUCGAGUCAAUAAAUGUGAUUAUCGGCCAGUGUUGAUCUCCAGCUGAUCAAUCGGAGCAUCCCCACUGUACAUCUAAUGCAAAGAAUGUUGAAUAUGCAGAUUAUAAUUGAAAACUCUUUUUUAUUAUUUUGUUGGUUUCUAAUUAAUGACAUUUCUUUCAGUUUAUCAUUUUAUUCAGUCUACAAGAGACGUGAAUAGUAUUUUAUUUGUAUUUUUUUCUUUCUUUGCUGAUGAAAAUAAUUCUGUAAAGAUACUCGUUUCAUUAAAAAGUGCCUGUUAAGUGUUAAAAUGAAA